CGUGAGAAGCUAAACUGAAACAUGGCGCAGGGUAUGGCUCUAGAUUAGCCAGGGGGCUAACGUAAAUAGUACGUUUACACGCUCGAGGUUGUCUGCCAAAAUACGCUCUUAAAUACUUAAGCAUGUGUUUGUUUGUCGGUGUGUUGUCUAUGAGUGUCUACUUACGUUAGUCCUCCGGAUGCAGCCACUCAGUUAGCAUCUUUGCUGCUCGAACAUUAGCAACCUAGCAUUAGCUAGCCGACUGACUGGAUAACACUGGCCGUUCAGCACGCUCUUUAUUUACUUAUCUAUGGCUUUCUAUGAAGUAUAUUCUCAUCCGGCUUUGAUUCGGUACAAAACGAGUGUUUGCACAAAAGCCACCCUGUUCCUGGUUGUUGUUUUGUGCCUUACAUACAUCCCACCUCUCCUCGUUGCAUACAGAAGCCAAGGUUUCUGGAUAAAAAGAAGCACGUAUGAGGAACAGCCGGUUGUGAGGUUCCAGUACCAGACUCUGCUGCUGGCAGCCACCAACACUCAGGGAGACUACGUGGCCUGGAGCACUUUCCCCCAUCUCAACAACAUGCUGGGCGCCAAUCUCCGGAUCCCUGCUGUCUCUGUGAGAGAAGAGGACCAGAACCAGGAUGGGAAGUUGGACCUCCUGAAUUUUCAGCUGCAGCUGCCUCUAAAACCAGAGGAGCAGGUGUACAGCGUCCAGCUGCUGCUCACCUUCAGCUACAAGCUCUUUAGGAUGUCCACAGUGGUGAUGCAGAGCCUGGCGUAUGUGCAGCACUCUUCUUCUGUCCCCGGAGCUAAGCUGUUCAUCAGCGGAGACCUGAAGCUGCAGCAGAGGACCCCCCUGCCUCACCGGGGGGUCUACAACGUUUACAACGUGUCAGUGGUCGAUGGCUCCAGCCCCUUUGCCAGUGCGUAUGAUCUUGACAACAUAAUCAGGAGCUACCAGGAGAGAAACUUGACCACAGUGCUCUCCUGUCCCAUGCCAGUGUGGACAGUGGGACGAGCUGCUGGCUCUCCCUUUCAGAUUAAUGCACAGAUCCGAUACCCUGUGGAAGUCAUCAGCUAUCGACCGAGCUUCUGGGAAACUAUCAAGUUCGCCUGGAUUCAGUACGUCAGUGUGCUCCUCAUCUUCCUCUGGGUCUUUGAACGCAUUCAGAGAUUUGUUUUCCAGAACCAGGUUCUAACCACAGUACCCAUACCAGUGGGAAAACCUCACCAGUCCUGAUGCAGUCGGCGUCAUUUGAAAUACAAGAAGCACCAGGUUGCAAUAUUAGGCACACUAUUAAAUGUCUCACUAUUCUCUACCAUCAUUCAUACUCUGUGACUGAACGUAAUACCAAAUGAACAACUGUUUUAGUGUCAGGGAUUAGCCAUUAGGUCUGUUUUGUAAUUUCAUCAUACAUAAACAACACAUUUUUGCAACAAGUCAUUUUUUUCCUGGACAUGUUUUUAUGCAGCUGCUUCUCUACAGGAAGUACACUGGUUGUUGCCAUGGAAAAUGCAUUUCUUCUUUUUUGAGGGUUCUUUGAAGCAAUGAAAAUGCAUUGCAAAUACUUAUAAUAUUUCUCUAUAUUUGUACAAUUUUUAUGUUUAUGACAAUUUGUGACAGUAAUAUUAAGUGCAUUUUUGUAUUGUACAAAGCUUUAGAUGUUGGUUAGUAAAAGUUGUUUCCACUAUAAUGCUCUCCUCUGCUUUGUCUUUGAAUGCUUUUUGGGUACUUUUUUAUAGUGAAAGUUUUCAUUUGUUUGACAAAUGUAAUAAUGCAAUUAAGACCAAUUGUAGUCAAAAGGGUGAAGGACAGACCUUUUCAUUCUCAAUUUGUCAAUAACAUUCUUCUGGUCUUCCUUAAGGCUUAUUAAUACUGUAUGUGACUGAUUACAUUUCCUCUAUGCCACAGUGUCAACAGCAUACACCUGAGCACAAAACCCACUAAUGUUUGACUAAAAAAUAUCCCAGUUUGGGAUAAAUAAAGUACUUCUGAUACUGAUAAUACAAGCGAUGAAGUUUUGGUUCUGCACAGCUGAGGUCAUAUCAGUAUGUAGUGUCUCUACUUUAAAGAGUCCUCUCCUGCUGAUGUUCAGGUGUAUAUCAGUAUG